CUUAUCCUGGUGCUUCAGGUACUCCCCAGAGAAAAUAUGGUACAUUGAUCAGAUGCUGAAGGUUCUCUCUGAGGCUGGAAAUUUUGUAAAAGAUGAAGUAUGGCAUGCCCUUAUUGUCGUGAUAAGCAAUGCAUCUGACCUCCAUGGGUAUACUGUAAGGGCCCUGUACAGAGCAUUUCAGAGAUCUAGUGAGCAGCAGGAAAGUCUUCUUCGAGUGGCAGUUUGGUGCACCGGAGAAUAUGGCGACAUGUUGGUCAAUAAUAUUGGAAUGCUUGAUAUAGAGGAUCCCAUAGUAGUAAGUACUCUUCCCACGCUCCUCUUUUCUGUUUGUUUUUAUUUUUUAUGAUGGGCCUUUAAAACAU